AUGAGCAGCCGCCUCUUUGAUCACCAGCGAACAACUGACACUCUCUUUGAAGAAGAACUCAAAAGGAAAAGCAGCGAAAGCGACGACUGGAAAUGCUACCACUCGCACCGCCUUUUCUACAGCCAGUGCCGCGACUUCGGCGCCCUCGGCGGGCGCUCGGGUGUACGUACACCUGAGGGGGACGGGCGUCUCGCCGCAGCGGCGACGGAGAGCAAGCAGGAAAGCGAAGACGGGAAGGAAGAAGCAGCUGGCGACUUGCCUGGUGAAAUUCCAGUCGACUUUCUGUGCUCGCGCCUCGAAGGUGAACUGCAGAAGUGCAGAGAAAGUCUCGCUCGGUACCUUCCCGACGAAACGCCCGCCAUGAAAGAAAUCACCGACAUCACCAACCUCCCGCCCUGGCUCAAGGAUCGUCCGGUGUAUGUACAGUACUUUGAACGGAAAGCCAAGCAGAGAAACAGGGAAGAAGCUCAGGCGAACGACGAGGAAACAGAUUCCUCUUCGUGUUCGUGCUCUCUCUAG